AAUCCUAGUACCUAGAAGCGCCAAAACCUGUAAGUCCCAGCUCAAUCAGGCUUUGAAUGGUUCACAGUAACAGCGUCAUACAAAAAGAAGGAAACAAAAAUAAAUCAUUUUCUUCCUUCCACUCCCUUUUUUGUUGCAGAUGGAGUGAGAAGAGAAGAAGCAAAGGGAAAAAAACAACAACCACUGUCACCAAGUGUAAGAAACACACGCACAAACAGUUGGCGUGCCUCUUCAUGACUGUAGUUGUUGCGUUCAUAGCUAUAGAGAGAGAAGGUGCAUGAAACGGGGUUUGGUUUGGGCGUUGCUCCUGCUGCUAUGCCUUUGGAAAACCUUAAUCUGAUAUGUAUCAGAGCAGCAUUGGCGCACACCGCCUCGCCUACCGCUCUCACAUAUCCAAGUUUGUAAAAGCCGGUCUCAUCAACCACGCCAUCCACCUGUUCGACCAAAUGACCCAAUCCAAUUGCCGCGUCUUCAGCGUCGACUACAACCGCUUCAUCGGCGUCCUCAUUCGUCACUCCCGCCUCCACCGCGCCCACCACUACUACCGCCACCACGUCAUCCCUCGUGGCUUCUCCCUCCUCCCCUUCACCUACUCCCGCUUCAUCUCAGCCCUCUGCUCCUCCCCCAACAACCUCCCCGUCAUCCAGGACCUCCUCCUCGACUUGCACGCUCUCGGCUUCGUCCCCGACAUUUGGGCCUUCAACACUUACCUCAGCUUCUUGUGCCGCCACAAUCGCUUAGAAACCGCCCUCGAAAUCUUCCACUCCGUGCCCUCCAAGGGGAGAGAGCCCGACGUUGUUUCUUAUACUAUUAUCGUUGACGCGUUGUGCAAAGCUCAACGCUUCGACGAGGCUGCUAGGGUUUGGCGUGGUUUGACUGGCAAAGGUUUGAGCCCUGAUUUUAAAGCCUGUGUUGCUAUUGUUGUUGGUUUGUGCGGUGGGGGUCGCGUUGAUUUGGCCUAUGAGCUUGUUGUCGAUGUGAUCAAGGGUGGGGUGAAGGUUAAUAUCUUGGUUUACAAUGCUUUGAUUGAUGGGUUUUGUAGAAUGGGAAGGGUUGAUAAGGCGAUGAAGAUUAAAGCGUUUAUGAGCCGCAAUGGGUGUGUGCCGGAUUUGGUUACUUAUAAUAUACUGUUGAAUUACUGUUGUGACGAGGGGAUGGUGGAUGAUGCCUUGCGGAUGGUGGAGACAAUGGAGCGGAGCGGGGCGGAGCCGGAUUUGUAUAGCUAUAAUGAGCUGUUGAAAUGUUUUUGCAAGGCUAAUAUGGUGGACAAGGCUUAUAUGAUGCUGGUUGAGAGGAUGCAGACCAAAGGACUGUGUGAUGUUGUUUCGUAUAAUACUCUUAUCACAGCAUUCUGUAAGGUGCGCCGUACUAGGAGAGGUUAUGAGUUGUUUGAGGAGAUGUGUGGGAAGGGGAUUAGGCCAGAUAUGGUGACGUUUAAUAUACUGAUUGAUGCCUUUCUAAGAGAAGGAAGUAUCCAAGUGGUUAAGAAACUGCUUGAUGAAAUGACAAGGGUGAGCAUUCUUCCUGAUCGUAUAUUCUAUACUGCAGUAGUUGAUCAUCUGUGCAAGACUGGAAAGGUUGAUACGGCUCAUAGUGUUUUCCGUGACAUGGUGGAGAAUGGGGUAAAUCCGGAUGUAAUCUCUUACAAUGCACUUGUAAAUGGAUUCUGUAAGGCUUCUAGAGUUAUGGAAGCCAUGCGUCUAUAUGAUGAAAUGCAGAGGAAUGGUUUGUACCCUGAUGAGGUAACUUUCAAGUUGAUAGUUGGAGGGCUUAUAAAUGGGAAAAAACUUUCACUGGCCUGUAGGGUUUGGGAUCAGAUGAUGGAGAAAGGCUUAACACUUGACAGGCAUCUUUCUGAGACUCUAGUAAAUGCCAUUCAAUCAAGUGAAGGUGCAUGAACAUGGCCCUAGUUUACGUUGUUAUCCUCUCAAAUUCAUCACAUUUUUCUUUCAAAAGGGAAACAUGACAUAAAACAUUUUCUCUGGAUACAAUGCACCAAAGCUUAGCAAAGUCGACUUCAAACAUUUUCUGCAGCAUGGAACUUCAGGCUUCUCUAAAGAAAUGUUACCGUGAUCAUUACAAUUAUUCAAAAACGCUGUUGAGAAUCAAUGGAGACUGACUGGAAACUGCAAUAUCUAAAGUUAUUUGAUUCUACCCUAGACGAACGUUGAACCUUGGAACAGAUUAGCUGAAUGACAACUGCAACCAGCACAAAAAGCAGUUUGCAGAUUGGUUUGAUACACAAUUGAAGAAAUACAAGUAAAUGGGGCUAAGAGAAAGUUUAGGUGAAGGACAUAAGUUUGAUGAUUUCCCGAUGGUAGUGAAUCAUCUAGGAUCACCAUCCAACCAACUUCUGGAGUAGGAAAGAAAAAUCGGAAAUGAUUAAGAAAAUGCCAUGUUGGUCCAAAUGCCAGUAAAUUUAUUGUAUUAAGAAAACUAGUUUCAAAACUGCUACAUUUUAGAGUUCGUUUGGAAAAGUGCAGUGUUGAGAUUGGGUUGACAACUCCAUUCAUUCACUCACUUUCUUGACUGUGUAUUAAUCAAAGAUUUUCAUUUCAAUGACAAAUAUUUCUCCAAUGUGGUAUCCCAAGCCCUUCAUUCAAACAUAUUAUUACACAAAUUGUAGAAAUUCCUAACCAGCUCCGUUUCUAAUAUAAUCCCAGGCCAUAAAAUGAAAGUGGGCUUAAAAUUGUGUAAAUAUAUGAUAGAAGGAAAAGAAAUACAUUAUUUCCUGCAGUAUUGAACAUCAUCAGACCGGGAAUAAUCAAUUGCGAGGUCUGUAGUCAAAGUUUUGUGACAAAUUUACAGAUGAAACAGUGUUUGAUUUCCUGCAUUUCUUUUGUCGCAGGCUUCUCGCUGAAUUCCUAUUUAAUCCAUGUUGAAGUUUUAUACUUUUUAGAUUACUGUGUAUUUGGGUCCUAUACUUGCUUUGCCUUCCAUUGCUUUAAUGUUGGGCAUCUAAAGAAUAUCAAAAUCAUGUCUCCGUUCUGUUGGAAUUUCUUUUGUUUAGAUCAUCUAAAACAUGGGUACUUGAUUUUCCAAGUUGGAUCACAUAAGUUUUUUCUUCAAUGAAAUUUGUUGGCAGCUUGGAUGUAUAUGACUCUAAUUUGACUAGGUGUGACUUGGGGUAUGGGUAGGUUCAUUUAAUGUCGAGCUAGAUAAUUUUAUUAUAAAAAUUGACAUUCUUUCAUUUAAAAGGACAUAUUUCCCCAAUUUGUCCCAUUUUUAUUUAUUUAUCGACGCAAGCAAACCUGUUCAUCUUGUGAAACACUGCAUAUAAAUUUAUACAAUCAAACCUAUUUAUUUAAGCAUAAACCUAAUUAAAAAUUAAUAUAAUUAAAAAUUUAUCUUUUACAAAUAUUUGUUUUUAAGUUGCAACACUUAUUCAUUUUUUU